GUAUGGCAAUUUAGAUGGUGAUCCGAAGGAGAUAUCACCUGUUAUUGACCAGUUCAUCGAAUGUGUUUGGCAAUUAAUGGAGCAAUUUCCUUGUGCCUUUGAAUUCAAUGAGAGAUUCCUCAUCCACAUACAGCAUCAUAUCUAUUCUUGCCAGUUUGGGAAUUUCUUGUGUAACAGCCAGAAGGAGAGACGAGCACUGAGAAUCCAAGAACGAACAUAUUCAUUGUGGGCUCACCUGUGGAAAAAUCGUGCUGAUUACCUGAACCCUUUAUACAGACCAGACAACAGUCAAACCCAAGGGACCCUGCAUCCACAGAUAGCUCCAUGCAACUUUUUGUACAAGUUCUGGAGUGGCAUGUACAACCGCUUUGAAAAGGGACUGCAUCCUCGACAGUCAGUUACUGAUUACCUGAUGGCAGUGAAGGAAGAAACUCAGCAGCUAGAAGAAGAACUGGAGAUCUUAGAAGAGAGAUUGGUGAACCUUCAGAAAUCACAAUCAGAUGAUAAUAAAGUCAAGAGUAAGAAACAAGACCGAAGCAAACAGUUAGGGCUGUCUACUUCCAACAACAGCUUAGCUAACACUCCCCAGGAAUAUAGCAACGAUCUAAAAUCAUUCCCAUCCCGGAGCCCUUCACAAGGAGAUGAAGAAGAUUCUGCCCUGAUUUUGACACAGGACAAUCUGAAAAGCUCUGAUCCUGACCUCUCAGCCAACAGUGAUCAGGAGUCUGGUGUGGAGGACUUAAGCUGUAGGUCCCCAAGUGGGGGUGGCUGCUUGCCUAGCGAAGACAGUGGCAAGGACUCUGAUGAGGCUGUAUUUCUGGCAGGCUGA